AUGCAUUUCAACAGCAGUCAGAACUCGUCCACUUUUGUCAAAUCUGAUACAGUGUUUGUCUGUGUGUAUGCACCAGAACUGACAUGGAACCUCAACGACAGGACUUUUCCUUGGAUUUUAUUAAGUAUCACAUUUGUUGCUUCCCCUGCUACAGUAGCCUUGAACAUUGUAGUCGUCACGGCCAUAAUGAAAAUGAAAGAGCUUCAAACGAACUCAAACCUUUUAUUGUGCAGCUUAGCGAUCGCUGAUCUCCUUGUGGGUACAGUGAACAUGCCCUUAUUUGUCGCUAUUUGCUUCUUAAUGGUCAAGCAAGUUUGGUCUCAGCGGAUUUGCUUAUUGGACAUUCUUAACGUCUACUCAAUGUACUGUUUUUCUAUGUCAUCUUUGUUUCACCUGACAGUGAUUAGCUGGGAAAGGUAUGUUGCAGUGGUAAAAUGGAUUGAAUACAAGACGAUUGUGAGUAGACGCCUCAUUGAAAUUCUGAAGGUGGUCGUCUGGCUUGCAGCCUUAUGUUUAACAGUUCCAGCCCUCAUGAUGGAAAUUCUUGGCUUGGCUGAGAAGAUCUCACAAACCCUCUACAUUAUCUGGUGCGUCGUCGGAACAAUUGCCAUUGUAGCAAUCGUCUAUUUUUGUGCUAUGGUUUGCACUGGAUUUCGAAGGCGCAAAGUGAGCGAAAUCAGCCGAGUUACUGAUUUAUUAAAGGUAAAACUUGAAUCUAAGCUUGCCAAGACAUCUGCCAUUUUAACUGGAUCCCUAUGCCUGUCAUUUUUUCCUGCUAUUGCAAUGUUCAUGGUAGGAGAAGCUUUCCCUAUCCUGCGUUCAAGUUCAGCUUUCCUCCUGUGGGAAUUACUUAUGCAGUUGAAUUCCCUGGCGAAUCCUUUACUGUAUUGCUACAGAAAUUCUCGUGUUAGGAAUGGUGUGAAGAAACUGUUCCGAAGAAAUGCUUUACCAGCCAGAAAUAAAUAA